AUGGUGAUUCGUGAUGAAGAGAACGUGUGGUUUGGUCAAGACAAUGAUCAUCAAAUUGAUGAAGAAGUAAAUGCGUUGUACAAAAAAAAAGCUUCAGCUAACGAGUCAUUGCGUGUGCCCCAACUGCAAAAAAGCACUGCGACGCAGUCAUCUGGAUGGACAGCGGUGCGCCCGCCUUCAACCGAAACUAGCAACAUGUCACCUAAGGAAAGAGUCCUGGAUGUUGACCCAAAUUCAUCUUCGUACAUUUACCCCGAUAUCAAUUCUCAAUCGAUGUCAGAUGCAAUAGCGAGCGAUGACCGAGCGACCGUUCAGUCGAGUGUUUCUGAAGCGCGACCUCAAGCUGGUCUUAUGUCGCGUGAGCAGCUGCGAGCACAGCGAGAGGCACGGAAAGCUGCCGAGAAAGCGGCUGUGGAGUUGCAGGGCGGCGUGACUGAACAGCCUAUUGCCUCCGAUCCACAAGAGACUGUGUAUCGGGAUGCUCUUGGCCGUCGCAUCAAUCCUGCAGAGGAAGAAGCUCAAUGGCGAGCAGAGGAGGACUCGCGCAAAAGAAAAGCCGCGGAGCGCGCUCAAUGGAAUCGUGGUCUCGUACAGCGUCGACAGGAAGCCGAGCAGCGGGCCGAUCUUGCGCAGAUCAGCACGGAGCGAGUUGCAAGGUACGCAGAUGACGCACGCUGGAAUGCAUCUCGGCGUGAGCAAAUGCACUGGGACGAUCCUGCGCGUGUAUUUCUCACGCGGCGCCGCUCAGGACGCCGCAUCAUCCGUCCAGAAUAUGAGGGACCAGUGCCUCCGCCCAACCGCUAUGGAAUCCGACCUGGCUUUCGUUGGGAUGGCGUUGAUCGAAGCAAUGGCUUUGAACGCAAGUUCCUUAUGUCGAUCAACCAAGCACAACGUUCUAAAGCUGAACAUCAUGGUACGUAUGGCUAUGCACAGGCUAUAUGCUCACUGUCCAUGUAG